AUCACCCCCUUCCCACGUGACCGCCGGCGCCCAGUAGGGCAGUUCCCACGCGACCGCGCAGGGCCGCCAGGGCGGUUCUCACGUGACCGCGACGCUCGGCGCCCCGCCCUAGCGGUUCUCACGUGACCGCCGGCGCGCGGUGCCUGUCAUGGCGGCUCCCACGUGACCGUCGGCGCGCGGGGCCCAUCAUGGCGGCUCCCAGCGGCGGCCGCGGCGCGCAGGGAGGCAGCGGCGAUGGCGGAGCCGGGGCUGGAGCCGGGGCAGGGCCCGGCCCGGCGGCUCUGCGGGGCUCGGAGGAGGAUGCCGAGGGUCUGUACGUGGCCGUGGAGCGCUGCCCACUCUGCAACACCACGCGCCGCCGCCUCACCUGCGCCAAGUGCGUGCAGAGCGGCGACUUCGUCUUCUUCGACGGACGCGACUCCGAGAGGUUUUCAGACAAGAAGGAAAGGCUGAUGCAUCUUAAAACCAAACAGAGGGAAUUCCAAAAACAUGUUCUGAAGGCCAUGGAAGGGAAGGAGAUAACUGAUCAGCUGAGAUGGAAAAUAAUGUCUUGCAAGAUGAGGAUUGAGCAGCUGAAACAGACCAUUUGCAAAGAAAAUGAUGAAAUGGCAAGACAUGCAGAGGGGCUUCUAAGAAUUAAAGAGGAGAACCAGAAGCAUUAUCGCAGGGCUCAGCGGCAUCAGGAGAAGAAAGAGAAGAUCCAGAGGCAUAACCGCAAACUGGGAGACUUGGUGGAGAAAAAAACCUAUGACUUGAAAACCCAGUAUGAGCACCUGGCAAAUCUUCGUCGGACGCAUAUCCUGGAGCUGACGUCAGUCAUAUUUCCCAUUGAAGAAGUAAAGACAAGCAUGAGAGAUCCUGCAGAUGUGUCUUCUGAGAGUGACAAUGCUAUGACCUCUAGCACUGUGAGCAAGCUCGCGGAAGCCAGGAGAACGACCUAUCUCUCUGGGAGAUGGGUGUGUGAUGAUCACAACGGGGACACCAGCAUCAGUAUCACAGGGCCUUGGAUAACCCUUCCAAAUAACGGAGACUAUUCAGCCUAUUACAAUUGGGUGGAAGAGAAGAAGACUACACAAGGACCAGAUACAGAACAUAAUAAUCCCGCUUAUACCAUCAGUGCUGCAUUGUGCUAUGCAACUCAGCUCGUUAACACUUUGUCUCUCAUACUUGAUGUAAAUCUUCCCAAGAAGCUCUGCAACAGCGAGUUCUGCGGAGAGAAUCUCAGCAGACACAGGUUCACGCGGGCUGUGAAGAAGCUGAAUGCUAAUAUCCUUCACCUUUGCUUCUCUCAGCAUGUAAAUUUAGAUCUGUUGCACCCACUGCAUACGCUCAGGAACCUUAUGUACCUGGUCAGCCCAGACACGGAGAACCUGGGCAGGUCUGGACCUUUCGAAAUCAAUGCUGAUCUUGAAGAUUCCAUGGAGUUUGUGGAUCCCAGCGCCACCGGCGAAACAGAUGAGAGCGGAGAUGAGCACGUCAGCGAUGAAGAGACAGACCUAGGGACGGACUGGGAGAAUCUGCCGAGCCCCAGGUUCUGCGACAUCCCCUCUCAGCAGGUGGAGAUGCUGCAGAGCCAGAGCACGCAGGCGUCUCAGCCCAUCGCCAGCAGCAGCGCUGGUGGGAUGAUCUCCUCUGCUGCUGCCUCGGUGACCUCGUGGCUGAAGGCGUACACUGGACAUCGCUAACGACCAUGGGAAAAGGAUCAUAGGAUAUGUGGAAGGAAUCCCUCCCCGACAAUACUGUAGUAAACCUUACAUAUUCAGUAAAAGUAGUGCCUGGAACAGAGAAAAAAGGUCAGACUUGCAUUUUGUAAACCAGAAAAACCUUUUUAUUUACCCAAGAUGACUGUGAUGGUACCAUUUUGUAAAUUAGCUAGCUACGUCCUCCUGACGGAUUCUGUGAUGGCACUUUGUGUCUUGGUUCUGUCUGCAUUGUUGAAUAUUGAAGAAAAAGGACCCAGUAGCCUCCAACUCAACUUUCUGAAGAAGAAACGGAUUUUGGAGUCCUUGGAUCGGGAUGAGGACAGCAAGGAGGCUGCUCUACGUGCAGCCUGGACAGUAGUACAAAUGCAGUUCACGUUUUCUUAACUCCUUACAGGGUUUUUUGUUUGUGUGUGUGUGUUUCAAAUCCGUCUUGCGUAAUGCAAAAAUGCAUAUUUCUAAAUUUUUUUCAUUGAGGACAUGAAAAUUAUGCAUUUUUAACGUGUUUUCUAAUCUCCGUUGCCAUAUUUUUAAUACAAAGAAUCAGCAUGAGCGGGAAUUCACACGGCAAGUUGCUCUUUUACAUUUGGUUGUCAGUCUUCACCCAGUUUUGCCGUAGAAAGCUGAUUUGUUUCGUGCUGUUUCCACCACAGGUAGUCUAGAAGUUUCAUGUUGUGCUGUCCGAAGCACACAGGCUCUUUAUUCUUGAUAUCAUACACCAAAGAAACACUGGACGCUCUCUUAGCUAGACCCACAUCUGAUGCUGAUACAGGAAUGCGUUGUUGCAAUAAUACCCAUCAGUUACGCCACCACGUUGCCACUUCUUAAUAUUAGAAAAACCUCACUUUGAGUUAGUUUAACGAAGUUGCACGGUCUCCACACUACAUGGGUUUUAAACCCUGUUCUAUUUUAUGUUUUAUGGUAGGGGUUUGUUUUUCUUUUCUUGUUUACUGAAUGCCAAGAAGUUGAUCUGUUUCGCUGCAGAAAUGCUCAGAGCGCAGCUGAUUGGCUUGUAAAACACCGGGAGGUGAAAUACUGGGAGACGCGUUCCUUAGCGAGUGCUUCUCCGCGUCCUCUGCCUUGUGGUAUGUAUGGUUUUGCUCGGUGAGGCUUCUGACGAGGGGGUUUACAUUUUAUAGUUGGGAUGUCUCCCCGGGGUAAACUCACGUCAAAGCAUCCUCCCAUCCCUCCAAGAGGGAAGGUUCUGCCAUUCUUCCUUGUGGCACCGCAGCUCGUAAUCAGGGCAUGAAGGAGUGAUGCCCAAGCCAUGUCCCUGCCACCAGGCAGUGUCCUCCUGUGUCUUUGAUGUCCCAGCUCCAGGCCCUGGCCAUCUCACAGGUUGUUCUGUGCUGGCUUUACUCUGUUCCCCUCCAGACCCACCAGCGCUGCCUCCUGUCCCCACCGAGGAAGCGGUUUGGUGCCCAAGUACCCCUGCGAGCUCCAUGCGGGGGUUACUGGCCAAGGACUGUCCCCCCCAGCCCCCUGCCCCUCUCCUACAGCAGCUUUUCCUCUCUGGCCUUGGGGAUGGGCAGCUGUAGUCGGUUCUUUUAAUUUCUCCUUUAUUUUUCAAACCAAAGACCCUUAAUUCCGCGCUAAUAGCAGACCCGUUCUUAGAGGGUCACCCUCGCUCCUACCGUUCUUUCAGUCUAAAUCCAACAGUUGGGUUUCAGAGAACAGCCAAGGCUCCCUUGCCUACCGCCACCCAAACAGGGCCGGAGCCACCCUGCUCGGAGACGGGAGCUUUGCUCCCUGCUCCGUUCACAGCACUUUACUCACUCUCGGAUCCUUUGCAGUGCUGAGCAACCAGCACAGACCCGCCAGUACUGUACUUCGGGCUCUUAGCAUCGCGCAGCCCCUUCUGGUUCCCCAUUUAUUUUGCACUGGACCCCAUCAUCUAAAUGUCUUUUGUUUUUAAUACGCGUUUCACUCGCUCUUUCAUUGCUGCCUUUGUGCUACUUCGAACCCCUAAAGGUCAGGCCAUGACUCAGCUUUGUACCCGGUCAUUUACUUACUUAAGAAAAGAAAAACCAACACAAAAAAACCACCCCUUUUUAAGCCAUAAUAUUUCAUCACAUUUUCCAAAUAAUUUAUUUGCAACCAUGUCAUAUUCCACAAGUGCACGGCAGCUCUGCCGGGGUGUGAAAUGCAUCGGGAUAGGGCUUUUCAUGAACUGGUUUUGUAACAGAAGACAGCUUGCGGGCUUGGUUUUCAAAGUGUUUUCCACUUGUGUAGCUAAGGAAGACUCGUGUUGUGUCCAAACCUUGAAUGCAAUCACCAGGAUUCAUUUUCCAGGUUGGUUUGAGGACGGGGAAAGGAGAGCAGGAAUAUCUGUAAUGAUGGAUAUUUCAAGACAGCCGGCUGAGAGCUGAUAAAACACUUUGCGUAGCACGGAUGCGAGAUUUUCAGCAGGCUGUGGGUUUUGUCCAUGACCAGCGAUCCAGGGUGGCCGGUGGGAGCUGCCAAGAGCCCCAUUCCAAGAGCUCAGCCCUCAGGUUCUCGCGUGGGACACCACGGAUUGCUGCUCAUCACCGGCAAAACCUCUGGGCCUCUCUCCGCAACUCCCAAAUGAGAUGGAACUGAACACAAAGGGGUUUGGGUUUUUUUUUUUUUCUAAAUUUUAUUGUAUUAUUGCAAUAAAUCUUUAACAGUAAUUUUAUUUUUUUUUUAACGUUGUAUAUUUAUGCUCGUUACUCCUGUGUGGUUUGUGACCGUGCCGGGGAAGCACACAUGGAUUUCCAGCCUCCGAAGCAUCACAGGGACCAGACCUGAUACAGUGCAAUCACACAGCAGUGGGGUAAGCGACACCGGAUCUAAGAAAAUAACUCUUACAUGAAAUAACUGUGUUUCCAUGGGAGCAGGUAGAGAGGAGAAAUGGACCAAGCCCUCGCGUGAGCCCGGCCUGGAGCUGCUGCUCCGCCGAGCAACGUUUGGUUCCACGAGGGCUGAGCCAGAGCGGCUCCUC